UUCGAAACAAUUCCAAAACACUAUUCUUCUAAUGCGCAUGUCGGAGGAGUUAGCAUGCUAUUUCGUAUCUGAAUAUUUGCGGAUUGUUAAUCAUUUUGCGAUUUACUCUGUGAUAACGAAAAGGGCAUGCUACAUCGAUAUAAACUUCAUAAAAUUAUAAUUAUUAUUCCAGUGAAACUUUAAUGAUUUCGCCGAACGAAUAUCUUUAGCUCGACAGUAACUGGUUUGACUUUUCUACAGUACUUGAAAAAUGAGGGAGAAAUAUAACUAGGACAUUCUUUUCUCAUCAAGCAACAUUCUAUCUCCUGCAUAAAUGGCGUGGUAAUGUCUCAUCAAGUUAACUACUUGAAGAUGUCUCGAGGUGAAGAAGUACGUCAGCGAAUAUGCCAGAAUCAUUUGGCGUAUCUUAAUCAAGAAGAAACACCUACAAAAUUAGAACAGAGAUGUAAUUUGGAGGGCCUUAUUGCUGAAUUUUUGUCUUUAGUGCCUCAUAACCAAAAGUUCAGUUGUCCAAAAAUUGGAGAUGUUUUACAUCGGAGUAUUCAAGAAAAUCCAAAUUUUAGUAUUUAUAAAGGAGCUACAGCUUUUCAAGCCUUAGAAAAAUAUGCUACUAAUUUAUUAAGUCAUCCCUGGAGGAAGGAAUAUAAAAUUGUUAAGUUAUACAGUGGAUAUUUUAAGCACACUGUUGACACACAAUUACUUAAUGCAGAAUCAAUUUUUAUUUUAUUGGGAUAUGAAAAACAUAAUGAAGUCCUCUUUUUUGAUGGUCCUAUUGAUCCUGAUCAUGUAACUCAAGUUGCACUUGAUUGUUUAAUUGCAUAUGUGGAAUGCCAGGUUAUGAUACAGAUAUGUGAAAAAAUUACAAAUUACAAGUGUACUUGGGAUGAAGUACAUCAAGUACGUGAAGAUUAUGUUUGUGGAAUAGAUGAAGCUGUUCGUAUUUUACAGCAGUUAAAACGAGCAGAAAUGGCAGAAGAAAAACAUUCUUUUGAAAGACAGCAGUUAAAAAAUGCUUCAAAGGACUAUACGUUGUCCAGUCUUAAUGUUUCUCAAAGUAUGCCACAUACAGGAAUUUUAGUUGAUUUAUCAAAUACUUGGCCAAAUCUUUCUCAUUCAGAUAUGAUUCCGCCACCACCUUCACUACCACCUAGUCAGUUUGAUAGUGUUUCUCAUCCUACAAAACAAAAAGCUGAAAGAACAGCUGUUUCUCAUUUAAGGUCACCUUCUUGGAGUGAAGGUGUUUCUUUACAAUUGGAUAGACAACGACAAGUAAGGAGAAAAGGUUCACGAUCUGAUGAAAUUGAUGACUUAUGGAGCCCUAUGUCAAGUUGGUCAGGCCCUAAUAGAAUAGGAGAUUCAUCUAUGGACAGGAUAGAUGAUUCUCUAGAUCUUUAUAUGCCAAUUCCGAAACCAAAUUUUCAAGAAAAUAAUUACAUUUCAGGAUUCACAGAUUUUGAUAGAAAUGCUGCCAGAAUGAGUUAUAGUCAACCACCACUUUUCAAAAACGUAUAUAGUAAUCCAUAUGAUUUUAUGCCUCAUUUUCAUCCUCAUGCUAAUUUUUCAUUUAUGCCUCAUCCAGAUAUUUUUAUGAAUAAUACUAGGCAGUGUCAAUGUUAUACAUGUUGUGAACAAUCAGCAAUGUAUUCUCAUAAAGAUAAAUUAGGAAACAUUGAAGCAAAAGAAAAAUAUAGAAAAAUGGAAAAACAAGCAUCACCUUGUGUUGCAGGAGCUUUUCACCAGCUAUCUUUAGAUAAUUAUCAGCAGCUAUCUAAACCUUGGAAAAUGCCUUCUGAUAAAUUGCAAAAAAUUGAAAACCAUAACACAGUUGAAAGUAUUAUUAAUGAUGAUAAUUCUAUUAAUUCUGAUGUAAAUAAUCGAAAAAUGCAUAAUACAAAUAAAAGAACAAGUUUCUAUGAUAAUCUUGCUCAUGAUGCAGAACUGUCAUUUACUGAUAUUAUAAGUACUAAAGAUGAUGAUGGUGUUUCAACAUCUCAUACAAAAAAUGUAUCAUACAAAGGAAUUUCUGAAAAAUAUCCUAAUUCAAGAAAUAAUAAAGUGGUUUCUGCAGUAGAGCUUCCAAACAACAGUGUCUUGCAAAAUACGUUGGAUUCUAGUUCAGUUCCUCAAAAAGAAUUGGAUUCAAAUAAAUGGUCAUGUUCCUUUUGCACAUAUUUAAAUUCAUCUGGUAAAAAAAUCUGUGAAAUGUGUGGACACAGCAGGUUUACUGGAGCUGAAAGUAUGCCCUUAGUAAGUGGUGGAAGAGAAUGUCCACAAUGUACACUAGUAAAUGAUAAAGAUGCUAAAAUUUGUUCUGCAUGUGGUACAAGUUUAAAAGAUUCUCCAACAUACAUAUAAAAUAAUAAAUAAUUUACUAUUGGAUUAUAAUUAUUUAAAUAAAAUCAUACAAAUAAUAUUUCUUAGAUAAAAAAAAAAGUUGCAAAAUUAUUCAUCUCAUUUUGAGAAGAAAAAUAAAAAAGAACAAUAUUUCUUCAUUAUCUUCAACUACAAAGUAUUAUAUGUGAUGUAAAAUUUCUGUAAUCAAUAAGUAAUGCAAGACUCAAAACAAAUUGUGAUUUCAUUCAUUUUUUAUUUUUUUGUCUUGUGAAAUUUUAAAUUAUUUUGUUCCUAAAAAAGAUUAUAAUUAGUAGUUUAUUUUGGAAUGUUUGCACAUGAAUAUUUUUUAUUUGUAUUAUUAAGUCUUCCAUUGAGUGUCUGUUGAGAUAGUUGAAUGAUUCAUUGUCCAGUAUUGAGGCACAAAACUUCUCUACAAUAAAAGAGUGAAAUAUUUAUUAGAACUAACAAAAAAGGCCCUUAAUAUUAGCAGUGCCUUUUUGUUAAAACUUCAGAAUAUUUUUUUGUGCUUUUAACAGGCCAAUAAAAUUAUAAAAAGUUGUAUUAUUUAACAGAGAUUUUUAAAAUGUAAAAUCUAUUUAAAAAAUGUUAUGAAUUUAUUAUGAAAAGUAAACUUUGUUGUAAUUGCAAUGUUUUGUUGUUAUGCCAAAAGAAAAUGUUUAGAUAGUUUUGUUUAUAUAUUGUAUAUAAAAAUUUAGUUUGAUUUAUGAAUAUUAAAAAACAGUGAUUUCUCUCUCUUGGAAAACAAACUGUUAUAAUAAUAUAUUGCUUACCAUCUCAAAUUCAAACUGAACACACAAUCAAUGAAUCAAGAUGUGGAAUUUGAAAUGUUCUCUCACGUGAAAAGUUUAAAUAACUUAUUUCAGUUACAUGUGCAAUUAAUUUUGCCAUAAUAUACACUUUCAUGUUGUGUUAUGGCAAAAUACCAGGCACACAAUAGAUAUAAUAAAUAUCUAGAAAUGUUUAAGGUAUUUAACUAAUCUUUAAAUAUUGAAGUACAGCCAAGAUGGUAUUAAAUACAAGGUGUUCCAAAAAAGAUGAUAAAAAGUAAAUGAUUACCAAACAAAAACAACAGCAAAAAACCACACAAAACCAAAUGUAGUGAUGAUAGAAGUGAUAUUAGCAGGUGUUCAGAAUAUUUGCAAUUUAUAGUUAGUUUUAAUCAGGUCCAAAAUUCUGUUAGUACACAAUAGAUGUCAGAAUUCAGUGCAUUAAUCUCAUGUAAUGAUUAAUUUGAGAUCCUCAAGUGAAUUGGGGGCAUUCUGAUAAACUAUCUUUCGGAUAGUCGUGCAGAUUAAGGUCUGGGUUGUAUGGGGCCAGUAAAUUCCACAAUUUUUUGGAAUCCAAUGUAAUGGUGAACUCAUUGAAUGCUGUUUUCAGCCACAAAAAGACAUUACUCUCCUGUGGGGAUGAAUUCCAUCCUGUGUGAACCAACAUUGGCGAAUCAUGUUGUGACAAUAAGUUUCAGAUGCAAAGUCUUGUUCCAGCAAUGCAUGAUAUUUUUAUAAGUAAUUGUACCAUCUAUGAAUGAUGGACUAACAAUUCACUUUGAUGAAAUGGCACUCCAUAGAGUGAUCCCUUGUGGAUGAAAAAGCAAGACAAAAAUUUUCUUUAAAUAAUCGUUCUUCCAGAGUCCGGGAUUCCAUCUUCAAAAUUAUUCAAAC